AUGACAGAGGAGCAAGUACCAGAAAGGAGGCCAUUGAGGUCUCAAGAAACAGAUGAAGAGAGAGCCGAAAGAUUGGCAAAGCAGGAGGAAACCGACUCGCGCUCAAUAUACGUUGGAAAUGUCGAUUAUCAGUCAACACCCGAGCAAUUGGAAGAGUUUUUCCAUGUAGUUGGGGUUAUUGAGAGGAUCACGAUAUUAUUUGAUAAAUUCAACGGAUUGCCCAAAGGUUAUGCCUAUGUUGAAUUUGAGAAAACCGACAGUGUCAACAAAGCUGUCGAGGACUUGCAUGGUAAAGAGUUCAGAGGUAGAGAGAUUAGAGUUACGCCAAAGAGAACCAACUUGCCAGGAUUUAGGAAGAGAGGAUCGAGAGGUAGAGGUAUGUUCAGGGGAAGAGGUGGAGGUAGAGGAAGAGGCAGAGGUAGAGGUGGGUUCAGAGGCAGAGGAAGAGGGAGUGGUAGUGGCGGAGAAGAGGGGAUUGGUGGUUACGAUGACUCCACAGAAGAUGGGGUUAUAGGUGAAUCUGUACGGGUUGAGGAUUUAGCUUUAUGA